UCGCAAUAGGUACGGGCAGUGUGAUUCUUGAGCCUUGUGCUAGCGGCUGGAAAACGGUCAUCAACUCCUCUGAGAGCCUUUCCUUCGUCAGCGAGUGAAAAUGAAAGUAGCCUUGUGUAUCGCCUGUCUUUACGUGGUGGUGGUGUUGGGUAUGGCCAGCGGGAGACAUCAACCCCUGCAGCAUCAUCGCCCAGAGCCCCUGCAGCACCAUCGCCCAGAGCCCCUGCAGAACCACCGGACAAAUCCCAAGGAACAUACUGAAGCUCUGUCGGUCUCUGGUUCACGACACCCGCCUCCCCGUCACCCCGGCGUUAGAGGAUCUGGGUUCCUUAGACUGAGAGCAAGCAGCCGUACCGUGGGGAAAGGAGGGGUGCACGUGUGUGACAUCUGUCCAGCUUCUGAGGCCAUCGCGCCGUGCAUGUGUCAGUGCUUGAACGAAACUGCCGCUGAGUUGAUCUGUGGACCCGAACUACUGACAUGCUCCCAGCUAACCGAAGUUAUGUGCCUCACCGCGUACCCCGUCAACCCCUAUCACAGACUGGUGGUUCAGAACACUGCCCUGGAUUGCAAGUUGGAGAAGGACCUCUGGGGGCCGCUGAUGUUCAAGGAAAUCGUCAUAACCAACAAUCACUUCCAGGCAGUGGACAACCAUGCCUUCCAGCCCUUCAGCGGCACCCUGAUGGCCCUUGACCUAGAAGGGAACUCGCUUAAGGAUGUCUACUACUCUACCAUGAACGAUACGCCGCUGCUCAAAUUGCUCUCGCUGCGUAACAACAUCAUCGAGUUUCUGCCCGGGUACAUGGCGAUGGAGCUGCCCUUGCUGGAAAUGUUUGACGCCUCCUACAACAAGAUAGCGGCCAUCCUUCCCCAGACAUUUGCAGGAAUGCCCAAGCUACAGAUGAUCGACUUAUCCAACAACGCCAUUAGCAAGGUGUCAGCCAGCGCCUUCACCAUCAUUGAGCACGCCGCCAAAAAGCUGUACAUCAACCUCGCCCACAACGUCAUAACCUCCAUCGAGCCGGGGAUGCUGGAGGGGGUACGAGAGUGCAUGAUUGACUUACAAGAUAACCACCUCAGCCUCCUCUCGGAAAAGGUGUUUAGGCCUAUCAUCGAUUUCACGGCAGGCUCAGCAACGUUCCUGACAUCGGACAACCCACUGCUUUGCGACUCCCGGUUCUGCUGGAUCGCGACCAACGAGACAGUCGGGGACACGUUCGGUACGGUGUUGUGUCCGAACCUUGGGAACGAAUCUUUGGAUGUCUUGGAGCCCACGUGCAUUGUCCCAGCCACCAUCCCACCGACCCGCCGCCUGGGGAACACACGGAGGACGCCCCAUGCCCGCUCUAAUCAUCUCUCCACCAAGAAAAGGAAUCCGCGCCCUGAACCCACGAAGCUCCGAGACCCGCCCAGCUCUCUGUCCUAAUGCCCAGUGCAACGUUGCCAAAUUAUCGUACACUGAACAUUGGAUUUGUCAUAUUUAGGCUCCAAGACUGUCAUAACCACAACAGUAACGAUAGGAAAUUAAAGUUUUAGCGUUGAAACCUCGCUCACAACGUCAUAACCUCCAUCGAGUACGAUCUCCGUUGAUGCCAUUAACCCAACGUUGCCAAAUUAUCGUACACUGAACAUUGCAUUUAUCAUAUUUAGGCUCCAAGACUGUCGUAACCACACCAAUAACGAUAGGAAAUUAAAGUUUUAGCGUUGAAACCUCGCCCACAACGUCAUAACCUCCAUCGAGUACGAUAACCGUUUGGUGCCAUUAACCCAACGUUGCCAAGUUAUCGUACACUGAACAUUGCAUUUAUAUCAUAUUUAGGCUCCAAGACUGUCAUAACCACACCAUUAACGAUAGGAAAUUAAAGUUAUAGCGUUAAAACAUCGCCCACAACGUUAUAACCUCCAUCGAGUACGAUCUCCGUUGGUGCCACUAACCCAACGUUGCCAAGUUAUCGUACACUGAACAUUGCAUUUAUAUCAUAUUUAGGCUCAAAGACUGUCGUAACAACACAAAUAACGAUAGGAAAUCAAAUUUAGCGUUAAAACUGUUAAAUAACGAUGGAUUUCGUUCUCUUUAGCUAGAGUUAUCGGUCAGAAACUACAGAAAUGCAAUGCGCUGAGUACGAUAAUCUCCCUCCUACCACCACCACCACCACCACCACCGUUGCCAGAUUGUCGUACUCAGAGCAUAGUAUCUACCUGUUUCUGACGCCUAACUAUUGCCAAGAAACAUCAGAAUCUAACUCUUUUAACGAUAACUAUAAAUAUGUUUCGUUAUUGGAGCCCAGAAGACAGUUUGGGGGCACCGUUGCCAUAUAUCGUACUCAGAUCAUAGUAUAUACCUGUUUCUGACGCCUAACUAUUGCUAAGAAACAUCAGGAAUUAACUAUUUUAACGAGAAUUAUAAGUGAAUCUCCUUAUUGGGGUCCAGGAGACAGUUUUUGGCUCGGAAGUCGGUAAAUAUAAAAGACUGAGUACGACAAUCUGGCAAAGUUGUUUGGGGGUAGGAUGUCGAGAAAUAUAAUCAGCUGAGUACGAUAAUCUGGCAAUGUUGUUUGGGGGUAGGACGUCGAGAAAUAUAAUCAGCUGAGUACGAUAAUCUGGCAACGUUGUUUGGGGGUAGGAAGUCGGGAAAUAUAAUCAGCUGAGUACGAUAAUCUGGCAACGUUGUUUGAGGGUAGGACGUCGAGCUGAGUACGAUAAUCUGGCAACGUUGUUUGGGGGUAGGACGUCAAGCUGAGUACGAUAAUCUGGCAAUGUUGUUUGGGGGUAGGACGUCGGGAAAUAUAGUCAGCUGAGUACGAUAAUCUGGCAACGUUGUUUGGGGGUAGGAGGUCGGGAAAUAUAGUCAGCUGAGUACGAUAAUCUGGCAACGUUGUUUGGGGGUAGGACGUCGAGCUGAGUACGAUAAUCUGGCAACGUUGUUUGGGGGUAGGAAGUCGGGAAAUAUAACCGGCUGAGUACGAUAAUCUGGCAACGUUGACCUUCACCACUACCAAACACAACAACAAACAGUAUUAAUUACAACAAGAACAUUAAUAACACUAGUAAUUAUCAUACUCACAACAAUAAUAAUACAUGUUCCUUACUUGUAUAAUCGCGCUCUGUCCUGCCUUGGGGUUGAGAUGGCAUGCUCAACGUUGCCAAAUUAUCGUACUCAGAACAUCGCAAUUAUCAGUUCUAGGGAGCGAAACUUUCCUACCCACACAGAUAACGAAAUUCCAGUUAAAGUUAUCGUUAAAAUCAUUACUUAUUGGUGUCUGUUUGCGAUAGCUGUGAGUCAGAAACCGGGAAAUACGAUGUGCAGAGUGGCUGAGUACGAUAAUUUGGUAACGCUGGGCAUGCUCCUCUCUUCUAAAUUGUCGUUUUCUUGCAACAAUAAACUAUCAAUCAAU